AUGAAAAAGCAGGUGGUUAUCGUAGGAGCUGGAGUCAUCGGUCUUACAUGCGCCUGGAUUCUGUCAGAAAAGGGCUUCGACGUGAAAAUAGUAUCAUGCAGACUACCUUCAAACUUCAAAGAUGAAACUGAUUAUGCUUCCCCUUAUGCAGGCGCUCACUUUAGGCCAUUCCCCUCCUCCAACGCGGGAGACCUCAAAGACUACCCUUUGACAAGAACGUCCUUCAACGUUUUCAAAAAGAUUUCAAAAGAAUUUCCGGAAUCUUCUGUGAAGUUUGUGAAAGCGAUAGAUUACGUUGAAGCCGAUGAGGAACCUUACACUACUCUUUCCCCCGGAUAUGCUGAAGGUCUUCAAAGUUUUGAAGUUUUGGAGAAAGAAGUGUUGCCAAAAAAUGUCAAGUUUGGUGCAAAAUAUGAUUCUUGGUGCCUCAACGCACCUCUUUACCUUCAGUUCCUGGAAAGAAGAUUGAGGAUGUUUUAUAACGUUGAAUUCAUUAUUGCAGCACUAGUUUCCCUGAAGGAAGUUUCACAAAUGUACCAAGGAAGUACCAUCGUUAACUGCACUGGAAUGGGGCUUACUUACAAGGGCGGGUAUGACAGCAACUGCUAUACUGUCUGCGGUCAAACUUUGCUUGUUCGAGCACCUAAAGAUUGCAUCUACAAUAAUCAAACAAUCACAUACAGACUUGCAGAAAAUAAAUAUUCGUUUGUCAUCCCCCGCCCGCUAGAUGGAGGAAUUAUAGUGGGAGGGACCAGGCAACCUGAAAAAUUGAGCCCAGUCCCUGAUGUUGUUACAAAGAAGGAAUUGAUUGCUAACGCAAUGAAGAGAUUCCCUGAACUCAUAGUUUUUCGAGACGGAAACGCUACUCUAGAUGUGAAGAAAGUUAAUGUUGGUUUCAGACCAAUGAGAAAAGGUGGUGUAAGAUUGGAAAAAGAGUUCACUGAAAAUACUCAAAUAGUUCACUGUUACGGUUUUGGCAGUUCUGGUUUUGAAAUGAGUUGGGGUGCUGCCGAACUAGUCUCAGAACUCGUUCAACGUCUACCAUCAAAAUUGUGA